AUGUUAAAUUAAUUCGCAGUUGAAUUGCUUAGAGAUUUGAAUUGUGUAAGAGGAAACCCUCUUUAUUUUGAUACCAGUCUCACUCCCUUAUUUGAAUCCAUCUCAUAAAACAGUGAAAUGCAACUAUCCCCAUGCAUCAAUCCAAAUGACAUCCUAGCAGUAAUCAAUAGUUUUGGAACGGAUGUUCAUUUCUUAUCAGAUCACAUCAUGAAGUAGAAGACCAACGACUAUUCCAAGCUCAUUAGUGGGUAUCGCAAUCGUCUCUCAGAUUCUACUAAAUAAAAAUUUAAAUUGAUGUUCAAUAAACAAAUAAACAAUCCAAUCAUCUAUUAGUAGCAUUUAACACAUUGUUAUAUUCAUCUUUACGAAAACACAAAUUUCUAUUUAUUAUUGAUUGUAUUACAAUCUAAAUAUGUGAUUGUUGAUUCAAUCACUCAAAAAAACACUGGCAUACAAAUACAAGGAUGGUUGAAUUACCCUACCUAAUUGUCUGGAAUUCAAUUUGUCGACGGAGAUUAAUAUUAUGAAUUAUAGGACUCUGAUACUAAAUAAAAGUAAGUCACUAUAGAAAAUCAGAAUAUUUGGGUAUUCGACUUAUUUGUUGAGAAUUCAAGCACACAAAUACUUCCCUUGAUUUCCCAUAAAUUUGGAGACAUACCUAUAGUCCAAUUCUUUUGUGAACAACAAGUAGGGGAAGUCUAACUCAAAGAAUAGAAAUCGUCAUAAUCACCGUCCCAUCCUAUUCUCAAACAAUUGCAUUUACUCUCUACUCGAGACCCACUCCAACCGAUUAAAUCAAAUCUUCAAAAUAAAAUAGAAUAACUUAAAGGCUAAAAGUUCAAUGGGUUUGAAUAAGAACAUCAUCCAAAAGUGCCUCAUACUACCUCCAAAAAUUUAUAAUUGUUCCGCAUUGAAGAAAACCAAUACGAAUAAUCCAGUGCUAAGCCUGACGACUUGGAUUUAUAUACCAAAAAUUUAGAGUCCAAAUAUCUUAAUGCUCCCAAAUUUCCAUGCCUGAUUGAUGGAUUGAUUAGUUCAGAAUCAUAAAUGUUAGAAAAAAGUCAAAAUCCAUAUGUGCCUCUCACUCAUAAGGAGUAAUCUACACUCUCAGAUAUAAGAUUAUAGACCCUAAAUACAUAAGAUUCUGCUAUAAAUGAGCAUCUAAGUAAUAUGCUUGAUCAGAAAUAAUUACAAAAUAUAUAUUAGGAUUUAUGUCGGGAAGUUGAGAAGCCUUAGUGCAAUUUGUAGUAGAGUUAACAAAUAUUUCAACCUUAUAAUGUUGAAUCUCUCUACUUUGGAAAUUCUUAAUAGCAUUCUAAUCGUAAUUAUGAAUCAUAAGACUUAUUUUAACAACAAUAAUAAUAAUAAUAAAAUUAAUUUUAAUUCAAUUAGCAAUAACAAUAAUAAUAACAAUAGCAACCAUUUAAUUAACAUUAAGAUUAUUAAUAAUAAUAAUCUUAUUAAUACUAAUAAUAAUAAUAUUUAUAAUAAUAAUAAUAAUAGUAAUAAUAGUAAUAAUAAUAAUAAUAUUAUUAUGAAUAAUAAUAGUAAUAGUUAUUAUAAUAAUAAUAUUAAUAGCAAUUAUAUUAAUAAUAAUAACUCCAAUACUAAAUGAUGCUAUAUCAUUAGUAACUGCAAUAAUAUCCAAACAAUCUUUAAAUAUAAUAGCCUGAAGAGUAAUACUAUUUUGAAGAACCCUAAUGGGAGUCACCACCAAAAAAGUGGUCCUUUAGUCCCCAAAAGCAAGAUGAAUCCAUAGCAAUCAAGAAGAGAACCUCUAAUCCUGAACCUUAAAAUAAAACAUCCUAUCGAUAUUCCAUAAGAUAAUCUAUAAAAUAGCAAAAGAAAUCAGAGUUCUAAUUGUCUAAUACUCAAAAGAUCCUAUAGAAAGAAGGUGCAUAAAUAAAGGACAAUGAAAUUCCAUUCAAAUGCAAACUCAAAAUUAACUCUAUACACCCCUAUGAUUUUGUUGAUUUGAGAUCAAAUAGAGCAUAGAAAAAAAUGAAAGAAAUAGAAUAGGGUUUAUUAAGCUAAUCUAUAAGAUAUCACAAAGAUCAUAACUUUAAUGCUUUGUACCGUAAUGAGAAGUUCUCCGAUAUUGUUCUAAUAGUUAACGAGCAUCAUUAUAAAUCUCACAAAUCAGUGUUGAUUUAGGUUUCUAAUUACUUUAAGGAAUUGCUAGAAACUAAAUAGUUUGAAUUGAAUUUGUAAGUUGAUAACUUAUAAUUAUUUGAUUUAGUUUACAAAUACAUAUACCUGGGUAAGCUGACAGAUUCAGAAUGGAAUGAAGUAGGAAUCAGUUAGUCAAUUAAAUUUUAUAGAUUGGCUGAGAAAUUAGAGUUGUACUAAUUGAUAGAAUAAUUGAUAAGCAGAGUUGUAAUCCCUAUGAUGAUCAACGAAUUUGUCCUGGAUUGGUAUGUGAUAGGUUUCAGGAAUUAAAAUUCUCAUCUUUCUUACAUUUUUAAAUUCGUCUAUGUUUAUACAGUAACCUACUUUUCAUUAAAUUGCAAAACUAUAAUCGAUCAAAUUAGAGGUAGACAAGAUGAUUCAAUGCUUAGAGAUUAAUAGAUGCAAAAUAAAUAUAAAAAAAUAUUCGAUUUGAUGACACCAGAAGAAAUAUACUUUCUAGUUUAACAACCUUUAAUGUAGACCGAUUUUGAAGGUGUUGACAAUUUGCUAUGGUUAAUAACUGAGAAAAAGCAAUGUCAACAAAUAGAUUUACUUAAACAAUUGUCAAUGGAUCAUUUAUCUAAUUGUGGAUUUAAAUAUAAAGAUUUCACUAAUUAUUAAUUCGAAUAGAACUUGCCUCUAUUAAAUAAUCAAAUUAUUGUAUAUCCUUAAAGAUUGUAGGAGACUAAAAAAAGGAGAAGUUCAAUAUAUACUGAUUAAGAAUUUCAUUAUUCUGAGUCAUUGUUUGAUGAAUAUUCAUUUUAUCAAUAAAACUCAAAUACUUGUAAGAUCAAUAAGCUGGUUUAUGAAAUGAAAAUUAGUAAUGUAGUUGGCAAUUCCAUAGUGAUUUCAGAAUGUUUUGCCUCAUAAAGUCUUGCAUGGAGAUUGAUCAUAGAUGUUAAUGAUAAGAAUAUCGUUUCAAUUUAUUUGCAAGAAAGGGGAUCAAUAAAAAACAAUCUAAAAUACAUGAAUCUUGAGGAUAAUUUGAUGGAUGAAUCAUUGCCUUCAUACACCAAAUUAAAUUUUAUAAGUGUCUUAGUGAAAAUAGCAAUUCUUAAUAAAUAAGAGCAGAGUAACGAGAGAGUUAUGUAUCAUACAUAUCCCACAAAUUAAUUUCACACAGUAGGGUUUGAGGAGAUUCAAGCUGUAAGUUCCUAGUUAUGGCUAAAGGUUUACAUACAGGAGGAUCCACUCCAUUCUGCUCUUAUGCAUUGGUGUGGAUAUAAUUACAAUGAAAAGUUCUGUUAAUUACCCUAUUUUACACUAUAUUCAUUACUAAAAUCAGAUAUGUUGAGAGUGAGUGAUGAAAAACAAAUCUUAGGAUUGUUGUACAAUUUAUAAAAAUCUGAUUAGGAAUAAAAUCUUGAUCUUGUCAUUCAUCCCAUCAGAUAUUUUUAUGUGCCAAUAGGAGAGAUUUUCACAUUAUCUAAAGAUUGUUAGUCAGUUCGCAAGAAUAAACUAUUUCAAAGCAUCUUGAACUUAUUAUUAUCCCAUUAUUUGGAUGGGAAAUAACAUAAUUAAAAACCAAGAAAGACCUAUGCCAAGAUAGAUACUUUAAUGAAUUAAUCAGAUUUUAAGAAAGAAUGGCUAAAAUGGUUGAUUUACAGUGAUAAUAAAACAUUGAAAAUUAAUACUAGUGAUAUAAAAAAAGAGGUAAUAGAGAAGCAAAAGAAAAUAGAGAGAUAACAGUAUUAGUAGUACUUUUAGGUUUGUAAUUAAACACCAAAAAAGUAAUUAGAGGCAUAAUCACAAUAAUCACCUAAAUGUAAUAUAUUUUGA